AUGGCUUUUAAAGCUAUAUUCAGUGUUUUGAUCGUUUUUGGUUUACUUUUUUCUGUUGGUGCUGUCCGUAAUGUUUUGGGGUAUUGUCAUUUUAAUGAAAUUUAUCAACUGGGUGAUUCAAUGAGCGAUGUUGGAAAUUUAAUUAGAGAGUUCCUUGUCGGGGCCUCCACAAAUUUCGCAAGAUUGCCAUACGGUCAAACGUUCUUUGAGGAAGCUACAGGGCGUUGCUCCAAUGGCCUUUUAAUGAUCGAUUAUAUUGCAAUGGCUUUUGGGCUUCCUUUGCUUCCACCGUACAAACAUAUGGGGACUUGGUUCGGGAACGGAGUCAACUUUGCCGUGGCUGGUUCGACCGCACUGUCGUCUGAGGCGUUGGCUGCUCAUAACGUAACGAAUCCGGUGACAAAUAGUUCUCUUGGCAUUCAAUUGGAUUGGAUGGACUCCUAUUUCAAUUCCACCAGCCUUGAUGAGAUAGAUCGUUUCAAGAAACUCCGAAGUGCUCUGUUCAUGGUGGGAGAAACCGGUGGGAAUGACUACAACUAUGCAAUCCUUCAAAGGAAACAAAUGAAGGAAUUGAUAAGCAUGGUUCCUCAAGUGGUUGAAGCCGUGAUUAAUGGAACUAAGAGAGCCAUAGAGAUGGGGGCAGUAAGAUUGGUUGUUCCCGGAAACUUUCCAAUCGGUUGCCUUCCGAUAUACAAAACAACAUUCCAAGGCGCACCCCUUAACGAACAAAAUUGUGUGACGGAGCUGAAUGAAUUUGCAGAGUACCACAACAAGCUUCUGCAAGAAGCCAUCCUCAAACUCAAACAAGAGAAUCCCAAUAUUGUCAUAGUCUACGGCGACUAUUACAAUGCUUACCAAGAUCUCUUUUUUAUAUAUUCAAAACUGCCCCUACAAAAAGAUACUACCCCUUUCCAGAAAAUUGGUCGUUUUGGGAUCAAUGGGUUUUAA